UCCCAAGUACUUCCAAAACGCGUUCUCCGGUGUCCCGCGACGGUCAUUCCGCGCGCAAUCGUCUCAAUACGCUCGCGUACUUCCGCCGCUCGAGUUGUUCGUUGUCGGUCACCCGUCGGAUAUACAAUAUAACAAUAUUAUAAUUUUCGAAACACGACGACGUAAAACUAUCGUUUUUUUUUACGCGCACCCGUGUAGACACAUACGCCCGACGACCAUCGAUACGUCCUCCCCGAGUGUAUUCCGUCCCAAUAGACCAUGAAAGGGUGGAGAUUGGUCGUGCUUCUUUGCACGGCCUUGUUGAGUGAACCAGUACGGCCACAAGAAACAUGGAGCCGGCCCGAGACUGCAGCGAAACGUGUGGACGACUGGGUACCUAUAACGGCGUCAUGUCCGACGUGUCAAAAGAAUCUGGAAUCUAGUGGCGAAGCAGGCGGCGCGGACGAAGUCGGACGUCUGUUAAAUCCACCGGCCGUUCCAUCCAGUCGUGCAUUUAAUUUCAAUGCCAAACAAAACACUUUUAACCGGGCUCCAGCUGGCGAACCGUACGAAGUCACCACACCGGCGGCAUCGUCGGCUCAGUUUUUCAGCCAACAACAGGCGUCAAAAAUACCGCAACCUGUGCACUUCCCGGUACCGUUUUUCAACCAACAGAAUCCGUUUCAAGGUAGAUUUCAGGGACUACCCAAUUUCCAGCCACAGUUCACGUUCAUACCCCAACCACAAAUCCAGCCUAUACCGAAGGAAAACAAAGUGACGUUUCCCGAAUCACCGUUCAUUCAGCAACAAAACAAAGGGUCAGUACAACUCGUGUACGUUCCCAUCGAAGCACUACAGAGGCAAAAGCCCAGAUCGCAAGCCGAUAGGCCGAUACCACAACAGACGCAGAUCGACGCGAAAGCGCAAUCGCCGUUCGAGACCGGUAAACUAAAGUUCCAAAGACCACCGCAACCGUUUGAAGGUCAGUUCCCAAUCGCUCAACAAUUUGAACAAGAUCCCAAUCGUUUUGCACCACCACCAUCAUUUGAACAGAAUACUGGCCGUUUUCCGCCACCAUCACAGUUAUUUGAACAAGGAAAACCCAAUUUCCAAAAUCAGCUGAAGGAACAACGCCCGGAGUUUUUGCCUCAAAAUGAACAACCAGUCGGUCCACAAUCAUAUCAAUUUGUCGAGGACGCAAGAAACCCGCCUUCCAACUUUUUCCAAUUUCACGAUAAUAGAUUCCAAAAACCGUCUUUCGAAGAUAAACCAAAAGAAACAAAACCACAAGCACAACAAACUUUUACUCCCAAUCUUGACGAAUCUAGACAAGAAUCUGCCCAAAAUUUCGUUUCGAACUUUGACGGAAAUCAUCCAAGACAAGGACCACCACCACAACCACAAAAUUUCCAACAAAAUUUCCAAGAAACGAGACCAAAACAAGAACCACGACCGCAAAGUGUCCAACCUAAUUUCCAAGAAACGAGACCAAAACAAGAGCUACCACCGCCAAAGUUUGUACCUAAAUUUGAGGAACCAAAAUUAGAACCUCAACAACAGUUCGUUCCUAAUUUUCAAGAAACUACAAGACCGAGACAAGAACCACUUCUACCGCCACAGUUCAUUCCCAAAUUUGAGGAACCAAAAUUAGAACCACAACAACAGUUUGUACCUAAUUUCCAAGAAACUAGGCCGAGACAACAAUCAUCACCACCACCACAAUUCGUACCUAAGUUUGAAGAACCUAAGUUACAACCUCAACAACAGUUCAUUCCCAAUUUCCAAGAAACUAGGCCAAGUCAAGAAACACCAUUACCACCUCAGUUCGUUCCCAAGUUUGAAGAACCAAAAUUAGAACCUCAACAACAGUUCAUUCCAAAUUUCCAAGAAAAUAGGCCAAGACAAGAACUACCACCACCACAAUUCGUUCCCAAGUUUGAAGAACCAAAAUUAGAAUCACAACAACAGUUCGUACCUAAUUUCCAAGGAAUUCCACAACAAGAAACAGCACAACAAACAUUCACUCCCAAUUUUGAGUCAUUAAGGCCAAAACCAGAAGUACAACAAAACAUUGUCCCUAAUUUCCAAGAAACAAGACCUAAACAAGAAUCACAAGCACCAUUUGUGCCGAAAUUUGAAGAAGUAAAACAAAAAUCAAAGCCAAAAGUUCAAUCAACACAACCUUCAACAUUAGCACCUCAGCAGUCAUUUGAUUCGCCAAGUCUGAUAGAAAAAGCAGUACAAGCACCAUCAACGCAAUAUCCGCCUCCACAUCAACCUCCACUUUCUGUUUAUAUGGAAAAACGUCUGGAUAACAGGAUAAACGAAGUGCUGACCAUACUAAAGGAAGCAAAAACUAUACCAGUGUUAGAUACAAUUGGUAGUCGUUCGCCCAAAGUGUUUGUCGGACCAACUGAUCUUGACGCACCCAGAGGUUACGUUAAAUUUGAAUUGCCUUAUUUAUCGUCACUCGAUAUUACCAAAAUUGAUUCAAUGGCGGAUCGUUUACCAUUUUUCGUCGCUCCACUUAAUUUCAAACCUCCUCCUGGUUACGCAAAAAUCCCAUUCCCGCCGCCUCAUAUAGGAUCUGUUGUUGUGUCUUCCAAGUCUCCAGUUGUUUCUACUACUGAAUUCAAUCCAUUCAAACUCACGUCUCAAUUGCCGACUGAGGUAAACUCAUUACAGCCAUCUGUGUCGAGUACCACGCAACGAGUAACUGAAAGAGCUCAACCAAUCACAGAUGUCACACCCACUACACCGAAAAGAAACCGUCAAAGAAAACCAUUGCAUAGGGGUUCAUUGACUAGUUUUAGCUCGACUACUCCCUUGAAUGAUAUAACAGAACGACAAAAUGAUCAAUUUACAACACCAGCAGAACUUCAGCGUUUACCAGAAAUUUCGACAUCGGCGAAUGAUCAACAACAAUUUUUGGAGAGUACACCAACGUCUAUACGACAGAAAUUUUCACGAAAACCAGUGGAACAACAACAAACUAUUUUUGAAACCACGCAAGCAUCUGUUGAAAAACAGCAACAGCAGUUUGAUAAUACACAGAAACAACAGUUUGACAACACACAGCCACAACAGUUUGAUAACACACAGAAACAACAAUUUGAUAACACACAAAAACAACAAUUUGACAACACACCGCGUCAACCAUUUGAGAGCACACAGCAACAGCAGUUUGACAACCCACAACAACAGCAGUUUGAAAACACACAGCAACAGCAGUUUGACAACACACAGCAACAGCAAUUUGACAACACACAGCAACAGCAGUUUUUCGCAGAUCAACAAGUUCCACAAAACCAGCAAAACUAUUUAGACACGUUGCCUCAGCUCGAACAACAACAAUUUUUCAAUAAUCAACAACCAAGCCAACAGCCAUUCUUUGAAAAUCAGCAACAACUUUUAGACAAUCCUCCUCAGACCAAUCAAGAGCAAAUUUCAAAUAAUCCUCAAUCGUUAACUGACCUAAACAAUCCGGAGAGAAAUCAGCAACAGUUUAUUUCUAGCUCAACUGAAAAACAGAUAUUUAAAAACUUCCAACAAAUACAACCACUUUCCCAGUACCAGGUAGGAAAUAACUUUUUAAACCAACAACAGUCGUCCACUGAACAAGUUCAAUCGGCUUCCAAUCCUCCACAAACCGUAUCCGAAGAACCUCAGACGGUAGCAACGUUAUCCCCCACAGACACACCGAAACUUAGACAACGCUUGUCGUAUUACGAUAAAUUAUUGUUGACGUCAACCCAAGUGCCAGUAGAAAUACCAAGUACUCAAAACGUCAUCGAAUCCAGUGAAAAACCCAAAGAACGAUCAAAAUUGAGGCCAAGGCAGAGAUUAACUACGACCAGAAGACCUACGACUGAGUCUCCAAGCACUUCGGAAGAAGUGUCCGAACAGAUAACAGAAACAUCGACGCAAAGGUAUAAUCCUUUGAAGAGACGCCGUCCGAUAACAACGACGACAACUACUGAAACGGUCGAAACUACGAGAAAUCCUCUGAGGUCUAGAACGACACAAGCUAGUAGAUCAGAGUUCGUACGAUCGAGAUCCAGGAGACCGACCACGACAACGACUACGACGACCACGUCGACCACAGAAGCCGCGCCAGUGCAACAACAGUUCCAAGAAGAGGUACAGCAAACCGGUCAACAAGAAGAACAGAAGAAAAUCGAAGAGGCCGCGUCAUUCUGGAACGAACCAGUAACCGUACAGCAGAGUCAUGGUUACGAGUUGGACACAAGGUACACGCAACCACCUUCUGGGCCGGACACCAAGUUCAGUAGCGGAGAACCACCAGCGGACGAGGACUUUUCGAAGGAAAAACACCACCACGGAAGCAGUAACGAUAAGAAAGCCCAUGACCCGAACGCUGAGAAGAAGACACCAGGCCGCCGAGGCCAUUGGGUCAGAGUACGAGUGAAGAAGCCGCAAGAUAACCUGGACACGGCUGAGUCACAAAACUCUCUGGGCCCGCUUUCAGCGAACGCCAUUCAUGAGUUAGUGACAAAACCGACCACCGAAUUCGGAUUCUCGUCGUCUGCCACCACGGAAGAAUCAACCACAACCACCACCACCACCACCACCACGAUAGCACCGACAACCAUUGCUGCAUUCGAUACCACUGUCAGCAACCAGAAGCAGCAGUCGGUAACUACCGUUUCUGAUAACGCAGAAGUUGCGGCAGUGACGUCGACGGAAGAAGAACGUCCGGUCGAAACCACUCAGAUUCCGGAAGUGCCUCUACCCGCGGUAAAAUACCCAGACGACGAACAAGACGAGGCGUUCCAGCGGAACUUGGCCGAUAUGCUGGCUAAAUUCAUCAGUGGUGGUGGUGAUGAACCUCGGGCUGAAGCCGUAACGCCGUCCACGGCAGCCGAAGAAUCGACGGUGGACUUAGUUGCGGAGACAGAUCCGACCGACCCUUCCGUCGUCACUGCAGCCGCAGUCACGGAACUUCCCGUCGCGCCGGUCACGUCCACCACGACCAAGGUAUCUAUGGAGACUGAAAUAUGCUAUAAGGGCAGGUGCGUGAAGAGCAAAAAGAACAAACAGAUCACCGACCUGGUGUCCGAGCCAUGAAUAAUAUAAAGUAUAAUAUAAUAGAUAUUAAAUAAAUAUAAUAUGUACACGCGUAUCAUAAGGUUAUAAUAAUAGAUGACGUGAGACGACGAUGCUUGUUUAUGACAGGCGUCGGUAAUUAUCGAGUAUAGUAAGUACAGUGUACAGAAGAACAAAAUAAAAUAAUACAUAUUGCUCGUACAUUCGCCUCAGUGUCCACAUAAAACCAAAGAUACAAACGGGAUACAAAUCUGUGCCAACGUCUAGAAAAAAAA